CCUCCCACCAGACCAGGGCCGAUAAGCUUCCAUUCUUCUCUGCCCUUCUUCUGCCACGUCCAUCAUACACUUAAGACCCUUGCUGAUCUCUGCCUCUCUCCAAACCCAAAAUACUUUCUUGAGAUCAAGGCAAGCAACCGCAAUCAUGCCGGCGCCAAACUCCUUCGCGACAUUCCUCAUUAUCGGGCCAACAUGCUUCUUCCUGGGCAUCCUCUUCUCCAACUUCCCCUACGACUACAACGUCCUCUGGGCGACCCCGCCCGACCGCGAGCCGUACUACGUGAUCCUCGAGGAGCACCUGCGCUUCCUGUACAACUCGCCGCCCAUCAUCUCGCGCAUCCUGCACAUCUCCAUCGCCGUUGGCAUCCUCGGCUUCCUGACCAAGCUGUACAAGCCCUCGGAAGCCAACAUGCUCUUCGACGGCGCGGCGCUGGUGCUCUACCUGUCGGGCAUCACCGUGUACAUCACCAACGUGGUCAAGGGGCUCAAGGUCAUCAACGCGGGCAUCUACGGCAACAUGGAGCUGAUCGAGGGCGAGACGCUGGCGAGCGACCCCGCGGCCGAGGCGGACGACUAUAUCUCGCGCGAGGACACGCUGCGCGUGUUUGCGGCGAGCAACACCAUCCUGGCGCUGGUCAUGGUGGGCGUGUUGGUGCUGCAGGCGGGCCAGUGGUAUGCGCAGCGGAAGGAGGAUGCCGAGAUUGAGGCGAUGAAUAAGGCGGAUAAGGAGAAGAAGGCCGCGGGGAAGAAGAAGCAGUAGGUAGGUGGGCUUGGAGCUCUCGUGGGGGCCCUGCGAUGGGCGCGCGAGAGGGCUGUAUAUGCAUUACGGGAGGCGGAGGGGUGGCCUCUAUAUUUAUGUUAGAUUGAAGAGGCGGGAUUGCAUGAUGCAUGAAUGGAUGGAGUGGACGAGGCAUGAGGCGUUUUGGGUAGCAAAUUCGAUGUAAUACCCUCUAGACUUUCUGACUUUUCUCAUUCCUUGCAACGCCCCUAGCGAGCACUUAAGCUUCCCGAAGACACAGGAAGAUCUGGAAUAACUCUUAUCAGCCGUCUCGUGGAUGCCAUCCAUGUUGCGAAUAGAUCGCGGGAUCCUCAAGCCCAGAGAGGCUUCUCACAUCAUCUCAAACACUCAAAUUCAACUACAUCCUUUAAAUUACAU